CCGAGAUAGUAACUUCUUAAUAAAUAGUCGUUUGUGUAUGUUGUGCAAGGUUGUCGAAGCCUCAAUAGUGUUUAACAUUUUUUAACAAUGAAAAUCUACCAUUUGGAAAACGAAAAGUAUUUAGGCGUAUCUUAUUUCACCGACGUCAAAAAUAUUAAAUGGUUAAAAGAAAACAUGGCUUCGAUUUUCAAAGAUAAAUCGCCUAUAUUAAUUCGUAGCUGUUUGAUUGUUGAUCCGUUUCAGAUUGUAGUGGCUGUGAAUAACGCUUUCUUAGCUAGUGAAAACUCUUCAAUGAAGACUAGGUCAUUAGUCACUGAAGUUUUAUUCAACUUGUCAUCGACCAAUAAAAUAUCAAAAUCAUUAACAGACAUAGGUCCUAAUGACAAUGAUAAUGAAAUGAUUGUUGCCCUUGUAUCAAAGUUUCCAAAUGUUCCAGAAAUGAAGAUAUUCCAUGAUAAAUGUAUAAAAGGAUGUGAAACUAAUCUUUCACAACUUUUAGAAAAUAUCAAUGAAGAUUUAAUCAAGACGUAUUACAAAAUUAGUCAAAUAGAAAGUGAAACCUCAAGUCUACUCGAUUCUGUUGUUACUCGAAUUGCUUGUAAAUCUAUUUUGUAAAAUUCAUAUGAUCUUCCUAAUAAUUAUAAUUUCAAAGUAAAUAAAUAAUAUCACUUAUU